GUGGCUUGGCUCUUAUCCACGAAUAAACAGCAUUAAUUAGAAGAUUGAUUGCUUUCAUUUCUAGUCCUAUCCUAUCUCAAAGGAAAGCCCACAGCCAGAUAUGGCUUCAACAUCAUUCCAGAUUUUAUCAGACCUCCAUCUCGAGACUCAUAGCUCGUACAACCUCCCCAUCAAACACAGCGCACAGAACCUAGCCCUCCUCGGGGAUAUCGGACAGGUCACCCAUGACGGUCUAUUCGACUUCCUGGAAUCUCAAUUGAACCGAUACUGGAACGUCAUCUUCAUCCUCGGCAACCACGAGCCACAUGGGACCAGUCGGGAAUCAGCAAAGGCUCGUGUCCGCGCCUUUGAAGCGAGAAUGCAGAAUUUGCGGAAAUCAUCAACCAUUGGCAAUUUCAUGCUCCUCGACCAGGGUCGCUGGGACGUGAACGACACUCUCACGGUACUUGGCUGCACGCUCUUUUCGAACAUAGUAUCUUCCCAGCGGCCUGAGGUGGACAAGCGGAUGCGCGAUUUUCGUGAGACCCGAGACUGGGCAGUCGAAGACCACAUCACCGCUCACCGCUCCGACCUGGAUUGGCUAAAUGACCAAGUCAAAACUAUAUCCGAGGCCGAGCCACAACGGAAGAUUGCGGUGUUUUCUCAUUACAGCCCGACGCUGGAUGAACAGGCUGUUGCGCCGAGGCAUAGAGGAGGUCCCAUAUCGUCGGCUUUCGCUACGGACCUGAGCCAGGAACAAUGCUGGGCCAACCAGGCUGUUGUAUUCUGGGCGUUCGGGCAUACUCACUUUAAUUGUGAUUUUACAGACAAGCACGGUAAGCGGAUUGUUGCUAACCAAAAGGGUUAUGCAUCUGCUGUGGAGGCCGAUUUCAAGAUUGAUAGAGUCUACACGAUCGGACAAUCGAAAGAGUCAGGGUUUUUAUUGUGA